GGUUUAACUUUGCUUCAACAAAACAAACUGAUUUGAGGCAUUGCCCUUGUACAUCGCGUCUUGUUCGAGUCGGGCGAUUAUAUUCGCUCGCACUGAAAUCCUUUUGAGAAUAAGGGAAGAACAAAAUGAAAAGCCAAAGCAAAACUCUAGUCUUCUCCGCUCUUCUCCCGAGUCUUCUCGCCACGUCCUUGCAUGUGGCAUCGACCACACUUGUAGACUAUGAGGAUGAGAGUGACUUCAAUUACAUAGUCGGGAGCGAGAGGGAACCAGAGAACUGGGGAUAUCUGAAGGAAGAAUGGAGAGCAUGCAGUGAAGGACGGAUGCAAUCUCCAAUUGACUUGGCAAGAGAGAAUGUGGAAGUGAUUCGAAACUUGGGGGACCAAAGGAGGAAUUACAAGCCAACCAAUGCCUACGUCAUGAAUAGAGGCCAUGAUAUUCGGCUUCGAUGGGACGAGGGAAGGGCAGGGUCGAUCAAGAUAGACGGUAGAGACUACUUCUUGCAACAAUGUCAUUGGCACCACCCUUCUGAGCAUGCAAUCGAUGGCAGAAGGUAUCCAUUGGAGCUUCACAUGGUUCACUCAACUUUAGAUGCGGAGGUUGCGAACAAUUCUUUUUCUACAAACAACACUGUUGUUGUUGGACUACUGCACCAGAUAGGCCACCGAAAUGCUUUUAUUAGCGAGGUGUUGUGGUGUAUAAGGUUCGAAACGUGUCGCGAAGAGAUUGAAGUUGGGGAAGAGAUAGAAGUAGGGGUGGUCGACCCAAAGGAGAUCAUCACGGGUGAACAUAGUUACUACAGAUACAUGGGCUCCCUCACCACUCCUCCUUGCACUGAAGGUGUCAUGUGGAUCGUCAACAAACAGGUCAGCAGUGUUAAAGAGGAACAAAUCAAGUCGCUGAGACGUCUGGUCGGUACCUGGAAUAAUGCUAGACCUAUUCAAGCAGUGAAUGGACGAGAUAUCCGGCUUUUUCACAAGUGCCAACGGGAUGGAGUGAGAAGGAUUGAAUCGAUGGUGUCUCUGCAUAUCAAUGCUGCUGCAAGUUGA